CGUCACCAUGGCUUUCUCUCAGGUGCAGUGUCUGGACGACAGCCACGUCAACUGGAGGUCUAGUGAGUCCAAGCCCGAGUUCUUCUACAGCGAGGAGCAACGCCUUGCCUUGGAGGCACUGGCCUCCCAGGGGCCAGACGCCUUCUACGAGGUCUUGAAGAAAGAGAAUAUCAGGGACUUCCUCUCCGAGCUGGAGCUGAAGAAGAUCCUGGAUACGCUUGAGACGUACGACCCCGGCUCUGAAUACAUCCCACGCCAUGGCAGCAGCACGGGGGACAGCGAGGACGACCGCAACAGCCAAGGGGACGAGCAGGACGUGGCCCCAUCCCUGGAGUACUGGCCACAGAGAUCUGACCGCUCCAUUCCCCAGCUGGACCUCGGCUGGCCCGAGACCAUCGCCUACCGCGGCGUCACCCGCGCCACCGUGUACAUGCAGCCGCCCAUCGAGGGGCAAGCUCACAUCAAGGAGGUGGUGAGGAAGAUGAUCUGCCAGGCGCAGAAGGUCAUCGCAGUGGUCAUGGACAUGUUCACCGACGUGGACAUCUUCAAGGACCUCCUGGACGCGGGCUUCAAGAGGAAAGUGGGAGUCUACAUCAUUCUGGAUGAGACCAACGUGAAGCACUUCCUCCAGAUGUGCGAGCGAGCCCAGAUGCACACCGGGCACUUGAAGAACCUCAGAGUCCGAAGCACCGGGGGAACCGAAUUUUACACUCGCUCGGCCACGAAGUUCAAAGGGGUCUUGGCGCAGAAGUUCAUGUUCGUGGACGGUGACCGCGCCAUGUGCGGAUCCUACAGCUUCACCUGGUCUGCGGCAAGGACGGACAGGAACGUCAUCACGGUCCUUUCAGGCCAAGUGGUGGAGGCGUUCGACAAGCAGUUCCAAGAGCUGUACCUCAUGUCCAGAGGGGUGAGCCUCAAGUCCAUCUCCAUGGGCCAGGAGCCAGAACCGGAGCCCGUGACGCUGCCCUCCGUGGUGCCCGUGACACCAGCCAACGCCGUGGUGAAGAAGCUGAUCAACCCUAAAUACGCCCUGGUCAAGGCCAAGAGCGCAGACCAGAUCAGCAAGACUUCUUCCGAGAACCAGGACAAAAACCAGAAGACGGAGAAAGGCAAAGCCCUUCCCGAGGGCCACGUAGGGGACAAGCACGGCGACAUGGCAGAUCUCUCCCUGCUUAUCCACCCCGGCCUCCUGAACUUGGAGAAAGCCAACAUGUUCGACUACCUGCCCACCUGGGUCGAGCCCGACCCCGAGCCCGGGAGCGAGGUCUUGGGCUACAUCAACAUUAUUGACCCCAAGAUAAAGAACGUGAAGCUCUCGCAGAUGAACCGCAUCAAAGUCUGCGACGUCUCCCAAGCCAGCGCUCAGCACAGGCAGAUGCUGAAGAACAGAGAGCUGGAAAUGAAGAAGAAUGCAGAGCAAGAGCCAUCUCCAGUAUCCCCAUGCCCAAGACAGGCCUCUCAGACCCCUGCAGAAGCUCCUACGAUGCCUGCUGCCAGCCCCACUGAGAGCACCGGCUGGAAAACGAAGAAAAUGGAAACUUCUGCACUUUCCCCUUUGAACCAUCCUUUGAAGCAGCCUAACGAGAUGCUCGAGGAAAUUAAACCCCCAGUUCCAAAGCCAAGAACCAUCCCGGUGGGAAUGAGCAGAGCCAGUGCUCCCUGCAACAGCAGUGCUGGCCUGGAAGGGGACACGCAGCAGCCCCGUGCAGCCGAGCAAGCAAAUGUAAAGGAGGAACCACACGAGGAGCCCAGGAAGGCUUCGACAGAGACGAGUCCCCAGCAGCCGGAGCAUCCGUCAGCAGGACCGCAGGACAGGGGACCUGCCUGUGCCCACAACGGGCUGGGUGAGGAGGAGGAGGAAGAGGAGGAGUACAUAACACUCAGCGACCAGGAGAGCUGCUCCAGCAGCUCUGCCGACCACAGCUACCGCCGCUCCAACGCCUCCUCCAUCUCCGACGAGUACUUCGAGGUGAGGGAUCGCUACGGGCCGCUCCGGAGAACUAACUCCGACGUCACCCACAACGGGGAGAUCCUGCCGAUCCAGAGGAAACUGAGCGAUCCCCACAUCAGCAGGGGCACCUUCCUCAGCCCCCUGGGGAACCUGCCGGCUCUGAAGCACGUGAGGGCAGAGGACAUGGUGAAGAGGAGGAGCAACGCCGUGGAGAUUCGGUGCGUGCUGCCCCGCGCUGUCCUCGACGGCAACAGCUCCUACCCUGGCAGUGUCCCACAGGGCACACACAUCUUCCACUACCGCUCCAGGAACCCCGCGGGCAGAGAGCAAGGCAAAGACAUCUCCUGUUCCCCGACACAUGAGAAAUCCCCCCGAAUCAGCAAAUGCAGAGGGGAUGGAGCCAACCCCAAAAAGACCAUUGCGACUGCAGGCAGCCAGCCCUACUGGCAAAGCCAAGGCUUGGGUCCCAGCAAGAACACGCGGCCGAGCCACCUCUCACCGAGCAACCCCAGAGCAACAGGCAAACCCUUCACCUCCCUCCCGGAAAGCCAGAAGACAGCGGAUGAAAUGAGGACACCCUUUGGCAUCCCGCUCUCCAAACUAUCCCAGUCCAAGCACCUCAAGAGCAAGGUUGCCGCGGCCUCGGGCGCUUCCCCCGACUCCAAAAAGAAGCCCCCGGAGGCCACCAGCCAGGAGGACCACUAG